UCGCUGUCACGGCACUGAAGCUGCUGAGGAGGAGACCGCGAUCAUCUCGCAAUCUAAAACCAAGAUCCGUCGGUGUUGUUUUCGUCGUUGUUCUCGCUAUGAAAGCCAUCAGCCCCGUCCGCUCGGUGAGGAGCUGCUACAAGGCCGUGUGCUGCAUUUCGGAGCAGAGUCUCGCCAUCAGCCGGAAUAAACACUCGUGUCUGGACGAGCCCGUGAGCGCCCUGUGCGACAUGAACGACUGCUACUCCAAGCUGAAGGAGCUGGUGCCGAGCAUCCCGCAGAACCAGUCGGUGAGCCAGAUGGAGAUCCUGCAGCACGUCAUCGACUACAUCUUCGACCUGCAAAUCGCGCUGGAGGCGGAAGACGCAGCCGCGCCGGAGAUGGUUUUGUCAAUAAAGACUGCGGAUCUUACGCGCAGUUUCUCCAAAGAAGAAGGACGGUUGUGCCAAUAGAAUGAGGAUGGCAGAUUACGGUGCAGGGAAACACAUGUCUCCACUUCACUCCGGGCAAGAGGACAAGAGGGGCAGAAAGGGUGGGAUAGGUAUUUGGAGAGAGAGAGAAGGAGAAGAAAAGAGGAGGAGGAGGAGGAGGUGGUGCAGGGUUUAAAGAAAAGAAGGAGAAAAAAGUGGACUGUUUCCUAGAUGAGCGGGGAUCAACAGUAGUGCAUGAGCAAGAAAACAGAGACUCAUUCUUUGGCCCCUGGACAGACAAAUCAACACACCAAAGCAGAAGCCAGGAUUGGAAACUGAAAACUUACCAUCUUUGUCUGCCUUCCUCUCAAACCUGGGAUUCCUUAUACAUACAAGUAGAACUAUUGGUACAUUGUCAUUUUUAUCUCCUUUUAUUUUUGUAUUGGAUUCCAAACUAUCUGUGGGCUGAUCUCCACACCCAACCUGAACCUAAACAAAGUCUCAUGUCACCUCACGUAAUUAUCACACACACAUACACCCCAAAAUGUUGUUUUCUAAUGAUCUCGAGACUGUUAAAACUUCUUAAGAAUGCGUACAUAUCUGCUGUGGGUAUGUAAGGUGUGAGUCAAUUUGGAUGUCGGUAUUUUUGUGAAUGGGAGUUUUCUUAGGUAUAAUCAGAACUCUAUACUAGAGUUAAUUGUAAAUGUUUGUAGGGAUUGUGUUAUUUCUACAGACAAAAUGUGCCGUGAGUUUCAUAAACUCUUUAUUAUAAAGUUUGCUUCGUAUGUAUGUUCUUAUGUAAUGAAAUAAAAAAAAGAAAACUGAUGUCAAACA